ACAUCUGCUAAGCAGGACACAUCUGCUAAGCAGGACACAUCUGCUAAGCAGGACACAUCUGCUAAGCAGGACACAUCUGCUAAGCAGGAUCGUGAGGCCAGAAAGCGCCCUCUGCUGUCCUGGUCUCAUGAUUCUCAGUACUUUGCUAUUGCCUGCGAAGAGGGAAUCAAAAUUUAUCACAUCACCAAAGCUUUGGGACCGGUUGUGGAGGUAUCCUUCACGGACCACUCUGGCAACAAAAUUCCGUACUAUCCCGCUCCUGGUGCAACCUUCUCGUGGCAGCCUAAUUCGCGUGUGAACGAUCCUGCCGUGUUGGCAGUUUGGACAGCCAAGCCCAGAGACGUUGCGCCCAGUCGUCUGACUUUGGUAGAGGUGCCUUCCUUCAAGGUCUUGGCUACUCGCAACAUAUUCAGCAUUGACGGCAUCGCCAGAAUCUACUGGAGCCACCAUGGAGAGUACUGUGCCCUCGUUACCCAAAUCCAGGCUAAAGCCGUCAUGGGACAGAAGAGGGCCGUACACUCGCAGUUGGAUGUCUUUACGAUGAAGGCAUUCAGGGGAUCUCUUCCCGUAAGUUCAGUCACUGUUCCUCACGAGAUCAUGACAGUAUCGUGGAGUGAGUCUCGCGACCGACUCGCCGUUCUAGCCGUGAACAAACAAGUUAUCUUCUACACAGUCACCAAAAAGGGUCUUGAGGAAUGCGGAGAGCCGAUGGAUGUUCCUCGCGAAAUCAAUACUAUCUCCUGGUCGCCCCUCGGAACACAUUUUGUAUUAUCGGCUUGCUCAAUUGAGGAGAGCGCUGGUACUCUGUGGUUCGGUGUGUGCUCUGAUGUAUCUACUUCCACGAAUGGUGCAGGUUCUGGCUACUCUGGUUCCGGUGCUGGUUCAGGUGCUCGUCUAAUACCUGGAGUUGGACUGUCGGGCAAAGGCGUAGCAACGAACGCUGCGACCCGAUCGAUCCCGGGAGCUCCCUCUGGGUUUAAGACCGCGACAGGAUCCUCUGGCACCGUCACCGCUGGCUCUAGCAAGUUGUUUACUCCGGAGAUUUUGUUCAAAGGUGAACAGAUGAAGUUGCAGCACGUGGAUUGGGACCCCAGUGGUCGCUACGUGUCGACAAGUGUUUCAUCUCCUGUUGGCUCCAAGUCCGGUUAUAAGUUUGACGAGAUUGCUGGCUACACUCUUUGGUCAUGUCAAGGGAAAGCAAUUUUCAAUGCAGGCGUUGAGGGGCUUCACAGGUUCCAAUGGAGGCCGCAUCCGUUUGUUCACAUGCCGGAGUCCAGGAGAGAGUUAGUCAGGGAAUCGUUCAAUCAAUAUACGAAGACAUUCGAAGCCCAGGACAGCAAGCGGAAGACUGAGCGACGAGAAGAAGCUAUGAAGUUUAGCAAACAGCAAAGGGACACUUUUCAGAAACUAUUGCGGGCAGCACAGGAUGGCUGCCGGGCACUGCCUGAAUCUGAACAGUGGGAACAGAUGGAGGCGGAGUAUCAGAAGUCGAGGCAGUUAGUGAAGCACGUGAAAGAGAAUUGGCGCGAAAUUUCGGUCACUGUUAAGCCGGCCGUUGUGCCAUCAAAUUAA